UCUUUUAUCUUUUUCUUUUUUUUCUGGUUCUUUUGUAGUUUUUGCUUUGGUUUAGUUUACAUUAUUCUUCUGUUUGUUUCCUGAGAAACUUGCAAAAGACGAAAGAAAGAUGGAAAUUGUGAAUUUUUUUGCUUUGUUGUGUUAUGUCAUUUUUAUUUUAUCAGCAACGUUCUCAUGUACCCAAGUUUGGCAAUUGGGAGAAUGAAGAGAACGUUCCCUACACAACUUUUUUCGAUAAGGCCCGUCAGGGUCGCAGUGGAGGAAAGAUUGUAAACCCGAACGAUCCCCAAGAGAGCCCAGACUUACAUCACGAUUAUGUAGCUCCAUCUAGUGCUCCUCCUGCUUCAAGAGCAAAACCAGAAUUGGAUGAACAGGUAGGACAUGGACCUGCUAGAAGGGCACAUGAGCGUGGAAGGAGCAGGGAAGAAGGUGAACUCAGACUCUAUGCUGACUCUCCAGCACGUCAUGACAAUGUCAACCGUAGAGCUUCUGGGGACUCUACAGCUUCACGUUAUGGUCGUGGAGUAAGUUCUGGUGAAGCCACAAAACGACCUACAAGACCAAGUAUUGGAUCUGAAAACAGCAUAGAUAAAUCACCACUCCAUCACCGGGCACGGAUCACAGGGAGUGGUAGCAUGGCAUCACCUGCAUGGGAAGGAAAGACUUCAUAUGAUAGUAGCCAUGGUACUCCUGGGAGAUCCAGAUUGAGGCCAAGUACUAGAGGCGAUGAAAGCCCUGAAAAAGGUGCUGCUGUUCCAAAAUUUGGUGACUGGGAUGAGAACAACCCAGCAUCAGCUGAUGGUUAUACUCACAUUUUUAAUAAGGUGCGAGAAGAGAGGAACAACGUGGGCAGGGUACCAGGCAUGCCGGGUGAGCAAUCUCCAUACAACACUGAUCGGAAUCGGAAGCCAACUAAUAGCAGUGCUAAGAGUUGCUGCCUUCCAUGGUGCAGGAAAUGAGGCCCUGUGAAUUUGUGGUUUUGUUAUAAGUUGUGUGCAAUAUUGUAAAUACAUUGAAGGCUCCUUCAACACAGUAAUUUCAGUGAA